CAGCCCCAGCCAGAGACCUGACACGUCCCUUGUUUACCCCGGAUCAAAGCGAAGCUCCAGCUCCAUUAGGGCAGAGCAGGCUGCUCUCCAGCACAGAGCGUGGGGGAGAGGGAGGAAGAAGGACCCAGAGGGGGGUGACGUGUGUGUGUCCCCUUGUGCCUGCCCGUCUGCCUGCACCCCAGGAAUGGGGGCCCCGGUAACCCCGGCCUGCCUGCUGCUCCUCCUGCACCUCACAGCUGGGACGUCUGCAGAGCCGCACUAUGUGGUGGUGAGCCCAGCCGAGCUCUACCACCCGCACACGGGGACGGUGUCAGUUCAUCUCAGCGACCUCAACGAGACCGUCCGGGUGAGCGUCCGGCUGGAGAGGGUGGAUGGGCUCAGCGCUAUCACCCUGCUGGAGAGAGAGGUCCAGGAGCCCCGUCUGCACGAGAACGUGCGCUUCCAGGUUCCAGCCCCGUCCGGGGGGCAACAGGAAGUGGCAGAGCUGCACGUCUCAAUCCGGGGAGAUGCCCUGCAGUUCUCUGAGCGGAAGAAAGUGCUGCUGCGGGCGCUGCAGCCCGGGACCUUUGUGCAGACGGACAAGGCCAUCUACAAGCCGGGACAGACAGUGAAGUUUCGAAUCGUCAGUUUGGACAAAGACUUCAUUCCCAGUACCCGGAAGCUGCCCCUGGUGACCGUGCAGGAUCCCAACGGGAACCGGAUCGCCCAGUGGCGAGACGUGACUCCGCAGCAGGGCAUCGUGGAUCUGUCCCUCCCGCUGUCUGCAGAGCCGGCCCUGGGGACGUACGCCAUCGAGGCGCAGGGGACGAAGCACUCGUUCAGCGUGGAGGAAUACGUGCUGCCCAAGUUCGAAGUGACCCUGGAGCUGCCCCCCGUGGUGACGGUGCUGGAUGAGACGAUCCUGCUGUGGGUGUGCGGCCAAUACACCUACGGGAAGCCCGUCCUGGGGAGGGUCCAGGCCAGCCUGUGUCGGGAGGAACAACCAGCAUAUCACGGGUACCAUCUUCAUGCCGAGCUAACCGGGGCUCUGUGCACGGAGCUUACUGGCCAGACUGAGAGCAAUGGCUGCUUUUCGACAGAGGUGGGGCUGGCUCGCUUCAACCUGACCCACUCUGGCUACAAGAGGAGCUUCCAGGCCAAGGCGUCUCUCGUGGAGGAGGGGACAGGGGUGGAGCUCAACGCGACCAAGAGCUGCAAGAUCGUGUCUGAAAUCGCUACGGUGACCUUUGAGGACGCUGACGAGACCUACAAGGCUGGAAUCCCCUACACUGGCAAG